AUGGAAAAGCAAAAGCCCUUUAAGCUGUUUGUGCCGCCAAGACUAAGCAGCAGCCAGGUGUCCGCUGUGAAACCUCAGACCUCGGGUGGAGAGUCCAGCUUCUUCAAGAAUUUCAACAAAUGUAUUGAAGAUGAAUUUGGUUUUCCAUUUGCAAUGACCAGUAUCUCCAAAAAUGGGAAAACUAUUGAUUCAGAUCCUGCUUUACAAAAGCUUAAUCUUUUGCCCAUACUUGAGAAGGUUGACAAUUCUGGAAGUUGCCACUACCAGGAAGGACUCAAUGACUCUGAUUUUGAGAAUUCAGAGCCAAUGAGCAGACUGUAUUCAAAAUUGUACAAAGAAGCUGAAAAAAUAAAAAAAUGGAAAGUGAAUAUAGAAUCUGAAUUGAAGCAGAAAGAAACAAAAUUACAAGAAAAUAGGAAGAUAAUUGAAGCACAGCGAAAAGCCAUUCAGGAACUACAGUUUGAAAAUGAAAAAGUAAGCUUGAAAUUAGAAGAAGAAAUUCAAGAAAAUAAAGAUUUAAUAAAAGAGAAUUAUGCUACAAGGCAUUUAUGUAAUCUACUCAAAGAAACCUGUGCUAGAUCUUCAGAAAAGACAAAAAAAUAUGAAUAUGAACGGGAAGAAACCAGACAAGCUUAUAUGGAUCUAAAUAGCAACAUUGAGAAAAUGAUAAUAGCUUAUGAGGAGCUUCGUGUGCAAGCAGAGAAUUCCAGGAAGGAAAUGCAUUUGAAGUUAAAGGAAAAUUAUGAAAAAAUGCAACACCUUGAAGAAGAAUUUAGGAAGGAAGUAAAUGACAAAGAAAACCAGGUAUCACUACUAUUGAUCCAAAUUACUGAAAAAGAAAAGAAAAUCAAAGACUUAACAUUUCUGCUGCAAGAAUCCAGAGAUAAAAUUAAUCAGUUAGAGGAACAGAUAAGAUUACUGGAUGAAAAAUUAAAGGAAUCAAAUGAAAAGAAGCAUUAUUUAACAUCAGAACUGGAAGAUAUUAAAAUAUCUUUGCAAAGAAGUAUGAGUUCUCAAAAGGCUUCAGAAGAAGAUUUACAGACAGCAACAAAAACAGUACAUCAGCUUACUGAAGAAAAAGAAGCUCAGAUGGAAGAAUUUAAUAAAGCUAAAGCUGCUCAUUCAUUUUUGGUUUCUGAACUUAAAACCACAAUCUGCAAAUUGGAGGAAUUACUGAGAACAGAACAGCAAAGGCUGGAAAAAACUGAAGAUCAACUGAAAAUACUGACCAUGGAGCUUCAGAAGAAAUCAAGUGAACUGGAAGAAAUGACUAAGUUUAAAAUUAACAAAGAAGUAGAAUUUGAAGAACUGAAAAAAGUCUUGGCAGAAGAUCAAAAGCUGUUAGAUGAAAAGAAACAAAUUGAGAAGAUUGUUGAAGAAUUAAAAGGAAAAGAACAAGAACUUACUAGCCUGCUGCAAACCAGAGAAAAAGAGGUACAUAAUUUGGAAAUACAGUUAGCAGCACUUGCAACAAGUGAGCAGCAUUGUUUAAAACAAGCUGAAGAUCUGAAAACUGAGCUUGAAAAAGAGAAACUUAAGAAUACAGAAUUAACUGCAAGCUGCAGCAAGCUUUCAUUAGAAAACAAACAAAUUGCACAAGAAGCAAGUGACAAGACCCUAGAGCUCAAGAAACAGCAAGAAGAUAUUAAUAAUACCAAAAAGCAAGAAGAAGAAAUGUUGAAACAAAUAGAAAAUCUACAAGAAAAAGAAACACAAUUAAGGAAUGAACUGAAAUCUGUGAAAGAAGAGCUAAAACAGAAAGGAGAUGAAGUUAAGUGUAAAUUGGACAAGAGUGAAGAAAAUGCUCGAAACAUUGAAUGUGAAGUUCUAAAAAGAGAUAAACAAAUGAAGAUAUUAGAAAACAAGUAUAACAAUUUAAGAAAACAAGUUGAAUCUAAAACAAAGUGUGUUGAAGAACUUCAUCAGGAGAAUAAGAUGUUGAAAAAAAAGAGUACAGCAGAAAGCAAGCAGCUGAACGCUUAUGAAAUAAAGAUCAGUAAAUUAGAGUUAGAAGUGGAAAGUUCAAAACAAAAAUUUGCAGAAAUGACUAACAAGUACCAAAAAGAAAUUGAAGACAAAAAGAAGUCAGAAGAAAAUCUUUUGGGAGAGGUUGAGAAGGCAAAAGUAACAGCUGCUGAAGCAGUAAAAUUACAGAAAGAAAUUGAUAUACGAUGUCAACAUAAAAUUGCAGAAAUGGUAGCACUUAUGGAAAAACAUAAGCACCAGUAUGAUAAGAUGGUUGAAGAAAGAGACUCAGAAUUAGGACUAUAUAAAAGCAGAGAACAAGAACAGUCAUCAGUGAAAACAUCUUUGGAGAAUGAGCUGUCUAAUAUAAAAGAUGAACUUCUGUCCAUGCAGAAGCAACUUGAAAUAGAAAGAGAAGAAAAAGAAAAACUGAAAAGAGAUGCCAAAGAAAAUAUAGUCAUUCCAAAAGAAAAAGUAGACAAGAAAACACAGACAUAUGCACUGGAAUCAUCUAAAGUUCCUUACCAGAAAUUUGAUUCUAAAGCAACUCCUCCACAAAAUAUAUCUCGAAAUUUUUCAUCAGUCGACCAUGGCAAAUCCAAAGAUAAAAGAGACUAUCUGUGGAGUAAAGGCAAUUUAUCUUCAUCAUUACCAAAGGUCUAUACAGUGAGGACCCCAACCAAAAUAAAAAAGCAUCCAAGACAAGAUAAGAAUAUACACAUUGAAGAAAAAAAUAAAAAGAGAAGAACAGUCUUUGACUUUGAUACUCAUUCAGACAGUUCAGAAAAUACUGAUCUCUUGAGCAUGGUUUCAGAAGAAGAGACAUUUAACAAACUAUAUAAUGAUAACAAUCCAUCUGCUUCUCAUCUUUGUGUUAGAACACCAAAACAGACUCCCUCAUCUCUAACAACUCCUGGAUCUGUGAAGUAUGGAAGUCUGAGAAAAGUUCAAGAGAACCGUUGGGCUGUAAUUAAUAAAAUGGAUAGGAAGAGAAAACAAAAGGAAGCAGAAAAGUUAUUUGGUUAA